AUGAGCCUGGCAUUUACGGCGGGCCAGCCACAGCUCAUCCACAGGACGGGGCUCCACGAUGCAACGGCUACUGGUGCGCCACGCGCACCGAGGAAUGACAGGAUGACCGACAGUUCAGGAAAGGGGUGGCAGUCCCUUGGCGCUGCUGUGGCACUUGCAGCGGCGGCCGGUGCCAAGGUUGCUCGCCGGGCCCGCGCUACGAGUCGGAUAACUCUCUUCGCCGACAGGAGGGUUGUGGUGACAGGCAUGGGCAUCACAAGCUGCCUCGGGAACACCUUAGAUGAAGUAGCCACCUCGCUCCACGAGGGCAAGUCUGGGAUCACCUUCUCCGAGGAGUACGAAAAGUUUGGCAUCAAGAGCCAGGUCCGCGGCACCCCGAAUCUCACCGAUGCAGAAAUUAAGGAGCUGAUCCCUCGCAAGUCUUUGCGCUUCAUGGGCCGCAAUGCGCAGUUCGCAUACAUUGCGCUUCAGCGUGCCAUCGACGACGCGGGGCUCAAGCCCGAGGAGUACGAGAACAACGAGCGCUGUGCCAGCAUCCUGGGCCAAGGCGGCACCUCCAUCGUGGACGUCACGGAGAGUGUCGGCUUCGUGGCAGACCAAGUCAAGCGUUGGCCAAGCAAGGUAGGCCCAUACCGUGUCACCCGCACUAUGGGCUCCACCGUGUCCGCCGUCCUUUCCUCCAGCUUCAAGUUGCAGGGUCCUUCCUUUUCCAUUUCCUCCGCAUGCUCUACGGGGGCUCACUGCAUUGGCGUUGCGAUGGAGCAGAUCCAGAUGGACAAGGCUGACAUGGCCAUGGCGGGCGCAGGUGAGAAUGAGUGCUGGGAGUUCACAGCAAUGUUUGACUGCAUGGGCGCUUUGUCGACCAAGCGCAACUCGGAACCCACCACAGCUUCCAGAGCCUUCGACAAAGAUCGUGAUGGCUUCGUCAUUGCCGGAGGCGGCGGCAUGCUUGUCCUCGAGGAGCUGGAGCAUGCAAAGGCCAGAGGUGCAAAGAUCUAUGCGGAGCUUACCGGCUAUGGAGCAAACUCUGAUGGCUAUGAUGUUGUCGCCCCUUCUGGGGUUGGCGGCGAGCGUUGUAUGAAGAUUGCCAUGUCCAUGGCCGACAAGAUUGGCGGUGAUAAAGAAGUUGGCUAUGUGAACACGCACGGCACGUCCACCCCCGUCGGCGAUGUACAGGAGCUGGGUGCCGUGAACCGCGUGUUCACUGAGAAGGGCUACCAGCCCUUCGUGGGCUCCACCAAGUCCAUGUCAGGGCACGCCCUUGGCGCGGCGGGAGUGCAUGAGGCGAUCUACUCGAUCCUCAUGAUGGAAAGGGGCUUCCUCGCAGAGUCCAUCAAUAUCGAGGACCUGGUUGACGAGGCCGAGGGCAUGAAGAUCCUUACGGAGCGCCACGACGGCGGCGUUGCCCGAGUGGCGUCCAACUCCUUCGGCUUUGGGGGCACCAAUGCCUGCCUCGUUUUCGACAAGUAUGAGGGAUGA